UUUUUAUUUAUUUGUUUCAGAAAAAGCCUGUGUAGAAGCUGGGUCAGCAAGAAUGUCACUUCUUAUAUUGGUGUCCAUUUUCUUAUCUGCGGCUUUCGUUAUGUUUUUGGUAUAUAAAAACUUUCCUCAGCUUAGUGAAGAAGAAAGAGUGAAUAUGAAGGUUCCCAGAGAUAUGGAUGAUGCCAAGGCUCUAGGGAAAGUUUUAUCCAAAUAUAAGGACACCUUUUAUGUACAAGUACUUGUAGCUUACUUUGCUACAUAUAUUUUUCAGAUGGCCCGGGAGACGAUUCUGACUGACAUCACCAUGGCCGCCCAAGGAGAACCCCAAGCUUUCAAACUUGUAUUGGUUGGUGACGGUGGGACUGGGAAGAUGACCUUCGUGAAACGUCACCAGACGGGUGAAUUUGAGAAGAAGUAUGUAGCCAUCCUGGGUGUGGAAGUACACCCCCUUGUGUUCCACACCAACCGAGGGCCCAUCAAGUUCAAUGUGCUGGACACUGCUGGCCAAGAGAAGUUCGGGGGGCUGCGAGACUGCUACUACAUCCAAGCCCUGUGUGCCAUUAUAAUGUUGGAGUUCGUCGCCAUGCCUGCUCUUCCCCCUCCAGAGGUUGUCAGCCCAGCGCUGGCAGCACAGUAUGAGCAUGAUCUAGAGGUUGCUCAGACCACGGCGCUCCCAGACGAGGAUGACAACCUGUGAGAGGGAAGCUGGAGCCCAGUGUCAGGCAACUGUCUUGUGGUGUCAGUGGUGCCGCGUGUUUGCUACUUUGUUAUAUAGCUAAUCAGAACCUGUGCUUGAUCCUUGGGAUGCUGAAAGAUGAAUGGGCUUCGGAGAGAAUGUGGCAGUUAAAAAUACCUUCACUUUUUGGACCUGCAUAUUUAGCUGUUUUGGAAUGCAGUUGUUUCCUUAUUGAGUUUCAACUAUAAGAAAGCUGCAGUUGCAUCACAAUCCUCAGUGGUGAAACCUUGUUUGUUACUGUCAUUCCCAUUCUUUUUUGUUUAGAAUCCGAAUAAAGUUGUAUUUCAAAUUUUAAAAAA